UAUAAGGCAAGUACUCUGGGGAAAAUUUGGUCUCUUGACUUCAGUGCUAGACGUUUGUGACUGAUUUUACCAAUAUCAUCAUGAAUAAUCUGAUCAUUUUCGUCUUAGCUUGCAUUUUGGUGCAAGAAGCUGUUUGUGCUGGUUUUGAUCUUGGUUCAAUUAUCAACUGGUAUAGCCAACACCAUCAUGAUAAUGGAAUGGUUCCUGACAGUGGCUGUGACAAUAAAGACGAGAGAGAUCAUGUCAUCAGGCUCCUCACAGACUGGCAUUACCAUCAUGAAUCUGAUGCCUUUUAAGAAGUUUUACUCUGACGUUGCAUUGAUUGAUAUGGAAGGCAGCGCUGGUACCCUCCCCCACUCUCGCCGAGCUAGCACCCACGACGAAGCAUACACUAAUCAUGAUUCAACACCAGAUAUUGCCCAUCUGGAACAUCUUGUCAGAGCAGGAAACAUGAAUUCAAUGUGUCGCAUGGACAUUCUACAUCUAAUUGAAAGAUAUGAACAUAUUUCUUCGAUGGCACCACCAAUGACGACAACACCUAAGCCUACUCAUCGGCCGCAUCAUCAUCACACGCAUGCGCCUACUACAUCCGAGCCUAUUGUUCAUACUCCUAAGCCGACCACGCAUGCUCCAGUUACCCAUGCUCCAAUAACGCAUGCACCAACACAUGCCCCAACAACGCGUGCUCCUGUAAAAACGACAACAAAACCAGUUGCACUACAACAGGCAGCAUGUGAUCAACUGGCACUAGUUUCGGAUUUAGCUAAAACUGCUGUGGUCACCCAUCCUUUGGCUGGGUUUUGUGCCGACGGAACAAGGAGCGAAUCAGAAGCUUUGGUACUACAAGCGUGUAGCGCUAAAGCCCCAGGGCAAUGGCGUCAAGGCCAACAGGUUUUAGGUAACUGUGAAAGCAUACCCAGGUUUAGUCCAAUUUCCACCUUUCUGCUCGGCAAUUAUGUCAUGGACGGUACUUCUCUUAGCGGUGUACUGUUGGAAUGUCUCCCCAACGGGUUCAAGAUGGCAGCACAGUUAUGCGGUCACACCCCUCAGAUUUUCAAUAUCCUAACCGGAAGUACUGACGCAAGACAGAACGCGGGAAGUUACUAUCGCAUCAUGUGGUAACCAUUGUCACGUGACAUCAUGUAUAUAAUCUGGGAAUCUAAAUUUGAUAAAUUAUUGAAAAAAUAUGUUUGUUGCCUCCGUUUUUAAUAUAGGCUUACAUCAAUCAAAGUAAAUGGAAGCUUUUCUAAUACUGUUAUUCACUUGUAGAAAUAUCAUAUUGUUACAUGUAGAUAGUCCACGAUUGGUUUAUGACAUACUCUAACGGCAGAAAUGAAAUUGAAUUUAUUAUGUUCACGUCACUUCGGGCAACACAUAUUUGCGCCAUAUUGAAUCAAUCAAUUCACUCAAUACUCCAUCUUGUACAUAUUUGUCUGGUCUGGAUAUUUAUAGCUAAAUAUGUACCAAAACACCCGCGUAUUUUACCAUGAAGGUGGUUGUUAACCCCAUAAUCGAUUCAGAUUUAUUAAUCCUAAAGGUGAAUAAUUUUAAAAACUUGAAAUACGUCUUUACUAGUAUAUUAUUUUUCAUCAUUAAACAGACAUUUUGGAGAAAGUUAUUGUCUCAUAAUUCGCACAGGAUUGCAGACAAUUUGUAUAAGGCGCAUUGUGAUUAGUUUGCCUUUAAUUCUUUAAGAAUCAUAGGACCAUUAUUUCAAAAGAAGGCAGUUUAUACUUAUAUUUCCUUUUUGAAUUGAAGUAUUUCUGAACUUCAAUAUGUAACAGUGUUGUCAUCAAAUAUCGUGCUUUCAAUUGGACCUGUUCUUGUAUCAUCAAGGCUACUGGCGGUCGUUCCCGUAACAUAAAUAUAUAGUUCGUCGAAAUAAACACAAAAUCAUCAACCUAACUUCGACAUUUUAAUCAAAACAUUCCACUGUGUGGAUAUUCACCUUUUAGAGAACAUAACAAUAUCAAAAGUUACAUUGAUCCAUUGGGUUUGUUUUAAAUCAGGUAAGGAUCAAUUUUCGUCACAAAUGCAUUUAAUAUAGUGAUGCCAAACAAAACAUUGGUCUUCAUAUCACUACACCCAUGGGACUAAUGAGGGAAGUAUGGUCUGAUAACUUUCUAUUUUGUUUUGAAAGGUUUUAUAGUGACAUGCAGAGUUAAUGGACAUAUUUAUAAACAACUAUUGUUCAGAUUGUUCAAUACGAAAAAAGUAAUAUAUCAACUACAUGUACUUGUAACUUUUCGUUGGUAUUUUCCUUACGCCUGUCCAUGUCUUAUGAUAUGUACUGUGACACGUGUGCCUUGUGACUAUGGCAAGAACAUAUAUAUUCAGCCGUACUGCCGACCGUAUUAUGACAUAUUAAGGCAAACUAGUGAGACUUUUCCUUUAGUACAAUGUACCAACGGUGGAAUGUCCUCUUAAGUAGUGAGAAGUCGCUAGUUCAACUCCCAUCGGAGACAGGAUAUUUUGUCGUGACAUUUAAGCAAUGAACAGUGGCGUUAAUGCUGUUAUAGUCUAUAUAACGAGUUCCCUUGAUAUUUGCCCACCAUAAACCUUGCUGCCAUACCGACUAUAACAACAUUUAAGCCACUGAUCAAUACUUAUAUCUACAUUGACUUUACAAUUUUCGUCAAUUUAAAGAACUUUUACUUUAAGACUCAAUAACCGCGUCCAUUUCUGUGUCUAUCAGACGACAGAAUGGAAUCUCGGAAAAACAUUUCCAGUAUGAUUAACCAUAAACACAUUUUACUGCAAUUUUAAUCCGAUACAAAAUAGUAUUUAUGUAAAUCACAAUCACACGAGACGUCCUUAUUGGCCGCCAUAUUGUUUGUUUACAUAAAAAAACCGUCUGUAUUCCUGCAUCCACUGGAUGUUAGAGGCGUAUGCUGACCACUACGUCUUAGCAUUGUGUCUAUGGGGAAAUACGGAGAACACGUAAAUAUAUGCAAGGGUUAGAUAUAGGAUAAACUGCAUUAUAGUGAUAUAUCUUACAAAUUAAUGGGCUGUCAUACAGGAUGAGUCAGAAUAUGUAAUGCUUUUGCGAGUUAAUUGCCCUGCAUGUUAGUGGACGUCACACGUCUUCCUUGCAAUUGUAGAAUUUGUUUGGACAUGUGACUAAAGAUACAAGAAUAUGUACAUUGCCACGAAGCUUUGAACAGAGGAUUUUAGUCUGAUUGGGUAAUGUAUAGAUGUGUUUCACCGAAUUAAUCUUUGAUAACGGUUUUUUUGUAUUAAACAUGCACCAAUGAAGUCGA